GACAGAAAAAAGCAGAAGGAAUUGAGGUCAAGAGAUCCAUAUGAAAGACGAAAGCUUAGGGAAUUGAAACCUUCAGGGAUCAGGGGCAAACCAAGGCGAAGGAAGAAUCCGAGAUAUGUGUGGCUCAGGAAAUUGCUAUCUGAGAAAAGAAGAGAAAAGUAUGGCCACUACAGCACUCUACUAAAGGAGUUGAAGAUAGAAGAUGAGAAUUCCUUCUUUAACUAUACAAGACUUCCCAGAGCCGAGUUUGCUGCUGAGGUGAUCCAGUGUCCUACUACAAAGGAAGAAUGGACUGCCAUUGCUGAGCAGUUUGAAAAAAGGUGGCAAUUUCCACACUGCUGUGGUGCUCUAGAUGGCAAGCAUGUGGCGGUGACAUGUCUUUGGAAUACUGGUUCUAUGUACAGAAACUACAAGGGCUUCUUUUCCAUUGUACUUAUGGCCUUGGUCGAUGCCGACUAUAUGUUUCUUUGGAUUGAUGUCGGCUAUGAUGGUUCAAGCAACGAUGCCAGUAUUUACAACGGGUCAGAACUGAAGGAAGGCCUGGAGAGUCCGGACAACAUAUUCAAUCUCCCUGAAGAGAAGUCCUUACCUGGUGACGACGUUCCUGUACCAUACUACAUAGUAGGGGACAAUGCUUUUGGAAUCAACAAGAGCCUGAUGAACCCGUUCUCUAUCAGGAACAUGGAGUAUCAUGAGAGAAUAUUUAACUAUAGACUCUCAAGUGCCAGGCGGGUUGUAGAAAAUACCUUUGGUAUUCUGGCGCACAAGUUUCGAGUUUGGCUCAGGACCAUGAACCAGAGGCCAGAGACAUGCAGAAAAAUAAUCACAACCUGUGUGAUCCUUCACAAUCUGAUCAGGCUGAGAUAUCCAGCUAUCCACAAGAACCUGAUGGACUUGGAGGACCAGAACCAAGAUGUCAUCCAAGGGGCAUGGAGAAAUGACAAAGUACUUCUGGAUUUUUACCACGAGAGGGCAAGGAACACUGGAACCUAG